AUGACUGGUACCGAUACCGGUCUGAAAAAGUCAGACCGGACCGGACCGAUCGGUCUACCUGUAGGUGUACUUGGACAUGAUAAAAUAGGAGGUCGUAAUUGGAAAAUUGAUGAUGCACCUUUUUAUAAAGGUAUCAGUGGAAUAAUAACAACUUCAAUUGUUUCUGGUUUUGCUUUUCAAGAUACCGAAGCCGUUGGUAUGGCAGCAGGUGAAAGUGUUAAUCCUCGUCGUAAUGUUCCACGUGUAAUGAAUGGAACUAUUUGGCGUAUUGUUUUAUUUUUUGUUGGAUCAAUCAUAAUAAUGAGUCUUGUUAUUCCAUAUAAUGAUCCUAGUUUAGCUCAUGAUGAUGAUGUUAAAAAUGUUGCUAUAUCACCAUUUACACUUAUUUUUGUUAAAUCUGAUCUUAAACCAACUGUACAUAUAAUGAAUGCAGUCAUAUUAACAACAAUAUUAUCAGCUGGAAAUUCAGGUCUUUAUGUGUGUACACGUGUUUUAUAUGCAUUAGCUAAUGAAGGACAAACUCCAAAAAAAUUUGCUUAUUUAACUCGAACUGGUAUUCCAAUAUGGUGUCUUGUAUUUACAACAUUUGUAUCAACAAUAUUAUUUGGUUUAUCAUUCGUUGGUAAUAAAAUCAUAUAUCAAUGGUUAGUUAAUGUAACAUGUGUAAUGGGUUUUAUAGCUUGGUUUGGUUAUUCAUUAAAUGAUCUUGUUUAUAAGGCAUUGUUUUUUCCAGUUGGACCAAUAUUAGCAGCAUUAUUAAUAUGUAUAUCUGUUUUAGGACAAAGUUAUUCAGCAUUUAAAACACAUCCAUUUAAUUUUAGUAAUUUCUUAUCAGCUUAUAUAACAAUACCUGUUUUUUUUAAUUAUGUUUUUUGUUUACAAAUUUGUUAA